AUGUUGAAGCUGACACAGUUUAAGCUGCUGGUUCUCUUGUUAGGCUUGUUCUAUUUGGCAAAAUGCAGUCUUUGUAGAGCUGCCGACACCAUUUUAAUGUCACAGCCCAUUAAAGACCCUGAAGAAAUAUUGUCAUCUGGGCACACAUUCAAGUUGGGAUUUUUCAGCCCGGAAAAUGGUAGCGGUAAUCGGUAUGUUGGAGUCAUGAUGAAUGUUCCUUCACAAACCGUGAUAUGGGUUGCUAACAGGGAUCGGCCAUUGAAGGAUUCAUCAGGGCUGAUGACAGUUUCUGAAGAUGGCAACCUUGUUGUCAUGAAUGGGCAAAAAGAGAUACUUUGGUCAUCCAAUGUUCCGUUUCCUGUUGCGAAUUCCAGCGCCCAAUUAUUGGAUAACGGGGACUUGGUUUUGAGAGAAAACUCAAGUGGAAGGAUAUUGUGGGAAAGUUUUCAGGUUCCUGCAGAUUCUUGGGUGGAAGAUAUGAGACUUGGGGGGAGUAGUAAUGACAAUAUCAAGUUAACUUCAUGGAGAAGUCCCUCUGAUCCAUCAAUUGGGAAUUUCUCUUUUGGGAUGGACCCUUUAAGAAUGCCUGAAUUCUUCAUUUGGAAUGGAAGCAAACCUUACUGGCGCAGCGGUCCAUGGAACGGUAAUGUAUAUAUUGGAGUACCUGGGAUGUACUCUACAUAUCAGAAUAAGUUCGAACUAGUUAAUGAAAAUGGGUCUGUGUUUUUCACUUAUUCGUUUUUCAAUGAUUCAGCUUCAUUCUAUUAUGUACUGAGUUCCUCUGGGAAACCUGAUGGUUUCAUGAAGUUACAAAAUGUGAAAGUUCCAGAUCGUGCAGACCUAAUCGAGUUCUUCAAGGCGAAUACAGAAGAACAAUGUAGUGAUCUGUGCCGGCAAAAUUGCUCUUGCAAAGCUUUUUCGUAUAAUAGAGGCAUUGGAUGUUUGCAUUGGAGUAGCAGCUUAACUGAUAUACAACAGUUCACUUUUGAUGGUGCAGAUUUAUACAUUCGGUUAUCCUAUUCCGAGCUAGAUCAUGCUUUAGGUAAAGGAAAACAAAAGGCAAUGAUUGCAAGUAUAGUGAGCAUUGGAUCUCUUUUAAUUGUAAUAUCUGCAUACUUGUUGUGGAAGUGCUUAGCUCAUAGAGGAAACACAUUGAAAAUAUCCAGAAUGGGAGUUCCACUCGACAAUUUAGAUGCACCGAAGAUUGAAGAGCUACCACUUUAUAGCUUUCAAACACUGGCCAAUGCAACUGAUAAUUUUGAUUUGAAGAAUAAGCUAGGAGAAGGGGGUUUUGGUCCAGUAUACAAGGGAAGGCUGUUAAAUGGUCAGGAAAUCGCAGUUAAAAGGCUUUCAAGUUCUUCUACUCAAGGGAUAAAGGAGCUUACAAAUGAAGUAGUGCUCAUUUCUAAGUUACAACACCGUAACCUUGUAAAACUACUCGGCUGUUGUUUUGAGAGAGAAGAAAAAAUGCUCAUCUAUGAGUAUGUGCCAAACAAAAGCCUGGAUGUGUACCUCUUCGAUUCACUGAAGUGCGAGUUACUUGAUUGGAAUCGAAGAGUCUUCAUCAUUGAAGGGAUAGGUAGAGGCCUCCUUUACCUUCACAGAGAUUCGAGAUUGAAAGUAAUUCAUCGGGACCUGAAAGCAAGCAACAUCCUGCUAGAUAAAGAGCUGAAUCCAAGGAUAUCAGAUUUUGGCUUAGCCAGAAUAUUUGGAAGCAACCAGGACCAGGCCAACACAAACAGGGUUAUCGGGACAUAUGGCUAUAUGGCUCCAGAGUACGCAAUGAGGGGAAAAUUUUCGGAAAAAUCAGAUGUCUACAGCUUCGGAGUUUUGCUAUUGGAGAUUGUGAGCGGAAAGCGGAAUACUAGUUUCUUCCAUGAGGAGGAGAAUCUAACAAGCCUGCUAGGAUAUGCCUGGAAACUCUGGAAUGACAAUCAAGCAGUAAAUCUGGCUUUUACCGAGGGAUUUGAUUCAAGCACGGAAAUGGAAAUCCUGAGAUAUGUGCAUGUUGGGCUGUUGUGUGUUCAAGAAUCGUCGGACGAUAGACCAAACAUGUCUACCGUUCUUUCGAUGCUCAACAGGGAAAUCGGGGACCUUCCUCCUCCCAAGUUACCAGCUUAUACUGCCAGAAUAAUUUCUCACUCGGAAGACCAUUCUCCACAGAGUGAACGCCAUUCAGUAAAUGAUCUUAGUUUAACAGAUGUCCAUGGAAGAUAGCUAGCUCAAUCUGCAACGAUAUAUAUGUACACAGACAUCAUAUACAUACAUUGUUUAUAGUGGUUCUUUGCUCGUUGAAUACAUGACCCGGAAAAAUG